AUGGACACGAACGACGCUGUCUUCCUCGGUGACCACGAUUAUUCCAUCGCCUCUGAAGCUAAUGCCUACGCUAUAAGGUUGUCCCAGGUCGUGGUCCACCCUCAGUACAACAGGAAUACCUUGGAAAACGACAUUGCUCUCCUGAAGCUUUCUUCGAAGAUCACGUGGCCUUCAGAUAACACCGUGGCCCCCGUCUGCCUCCCUCCUGCCGGCGAGUCCUUCAGUGACGCUAGCGCUAUCGUGACGGGCUGGGGCGCUCAGUCCGAGAGCGGAGGCUAUCUGCCACAGCUCUACGAAGUGACAGUAUCAACGCUGACGAAUGAAGAAUGCAAUACUCUCUAUGGCGGUGGGAUUUCUGAUGGCAUGAUCUGUGCUGGUGAACAAGGGAAGGAUUCGUGUCAGGGAGAUUCCGGAGGCCCAAUGAUCUCCGACGAUAACGGGCGAUAUUUUGAAAUUGGCAUCGUGUCCUGGGGCAUCGGCUGCGCUCGGCCAAAUUACCCGGGAGUGUACACGAGAGUCAACAGUAUGCGUGAGAGCAUUUGCACACUACCUUGCGUGGAUCGACUCCUACAUCAGCUCCUCAGUGACCUGCCCACGUUAAAGGCCCCUGCACCCUGGCCCCCUCUUAUUGCUGGGAUACUUCUACUGCUUCGUCCAUUGCAACCUGUAAAUCAUUAUAUUGUUUGUCUUGCAUUCACAAGAGAAAUUGUCUUUGUUAGUCCACGCCACUUAGAUAUUACUGAAGGGGUCUUAAGAGUGAAUGACGAGCAAGAACGUACAUGA